AUGCCGCGCAACUACAUUAGAAAGACUACUCGACAAAACUGGAGUGAGACAUCGAUGCAAUCGGCACUAGAUGCUGUAAAAGAUGGAAUGGCUUUCAAAACAGCUAGUAGACAGUUUUCAGUGCCACUAAUGGCGUUGAAACGAAGAACCAAAGGAAAAAAUAAGCUUGCGAUGGGUGCGGUUAAGGUUCUGGGUAGUAAACAAACUGUUUUUACCACCGAACAAGAAGCAGAACUUGUCAAACAUAUAAAAGACAUGGAGAUAAGAAUGUAUGGACUGACAAAAACAGAAAUUCUUUCUCUAGCUUAUACAUUAGCUGAGAAAAACAAGAUAAAACAUCCAUUUUCAUCCAAAAGGGAAAAAGCUGGUAUUGAGUGGCUAAAAGGAUUCCGAAAACGGCAUCCAGAUAUAACUCUUCGUGCUCCGGAAUCAACAUCAGCCGCUCGAGCACGUGCGUUCAACAAACCUGUUGUUGAUAAAUUUUUUUCGAUUUUGAAAGACACACAAGCGAAACAUUCUUUUCCACCGUAUAGAAUAUUUAAUGUCGAUGAAACCAGUUUAUGCACUGUCCCGACCAAAAAUACAAAGGUGUUUGCUCAAACUGGUCGUAAACAAGUGGCUAGAGUCACUUCAGCUGAAAGAGGUGACACCACAACAGCAGUAGUUUGCGGCUCUGCUACUGGAAACUUUAUACCACCGAUGUUCAUUGCUUAUUUUUUACAGGCCAUGCCGCGCAACUACAUUAGAAAGACUACUCGACAAAACUGGAGUGAGACAUCGAUGCAAUCGGCACUAGAUGCUGUAAAAGAUGGAAUGGCUUUCAAAACAGCUAGUAGACAGUUUUCAGUGCCACUAAUGGCGUUGAAACGAAGAACCAAAGGAAAAAAUAAGCUUGCGAUGGGUGCGGUUAAGGUUCUGGGUAGUAAACAAACUGUUUUUACCACCGAACAAGAAGCAGAACUUGUCAAACAUAUAAAAGACAUGGAGAUAAGAAUGUAUGGACUGACAAAAACAGAAAUUCUUUCUCUAGCUUAUCAAUUAGCUGAGAAAAACAAGAUAAAACAUCCAUUUUCAUCCAAAAGGGAAAAAGCUGGUAUUGAGUGGCUAAAAGGAUUCCGAAAACGGCAUCCAGAUAUAACUCUUCGUGCUCCGGAAUCAACAUCAGCCGCUCGAGCACGUGCGUUCAACAAACCUGUUGUUGAUAAAUUUUUUCGAUUUUGA